AAUUAUAAUAAUAGUUGUUAACAUGUUAAAUUCACAGUUUUAUUGCUACAAAGAGAGACUUGUGGAAUCUGUUCUUAUGAUAUCAUUGUUACAGUGAUGACACUUGAACCAUGAACAGUGGGAAGUCUUACAGUACCUUACACCCUUGGUAAUAAUGACUGAAAAUUUGACAAGAAAGCAAACAUAAAAAUGCACCUACACUUUUGAAUGUGAGUAUGUUAAAAAUGCAGAAAAGAUAAUGGCUAGGUGUAGUUUGAAUGCCCUCACUUUUUAUGGCACAAAAUGUUAUUUUUGUGGUUUUACUCUGCUUAACAGUUGUGGAGAAAAAAAUGCAGUUGUAUCUGUUCUUGUUGGGGAUGAGGAUUCAUCCACCAUAUGCAAAGUGAGGAAAAAUGUUGAGCACGAGGUUGAAAAAUGGUCAGACGUAGUCCAUGCUAAAAGAUCCUUUGGUAGCUCACUAUACAGCAUCAAGACCCAAAACAAAAGCCUGACAGAUAUGGUUAUACAAUAUUUCCAGCAAUGCUUUGGUUACACACUAAGGCAGAAUAUGGAUGACAAAGGUGUGCAAAAUGGUCUGAAGUCUAUCAUGCCCCAUGCUUAUGGUGACCAUUCUUCCUGUGGCAACUGGUGUGGCUACUUAAAAAAAUCCUGCAUCCUACAAACACAGAGGCCUUCCCCAUGGCAAGGAUCUGACAGACAAAAGCUUGAGGCAGCCCCUGGAAAAGAUCAUAGAAGUAAGUGCAUUGUAUAUGUAUGGUGGCACAGCUCACUCCUCACAAAUUCCCAAUUCCCACCAUUUUACAUGUAGUAGAGGAACACAACUCUAAGAAAAUAGUGUUAGUGCUCAUGAUUGUAUUCUAAAUAAUAACUGCAAAGGCCUGGGAUAAAGCUUUAAGUGUUAGGGGACUAUCAACCUCUUUCUUAGUUUCACAAGCUUUAUGAGAUACCAAAUGUUCAUGAAUAAAAACCAUUUGCUUCUUCAAAUUAGGUCCAUGCUUCAAAUGCCAAGAAACUAGCUCCUCCUGGGUCGAGCCAGGCGAAUAAAGCACUCAACAACACUAUAGGAAGCAAAGCUCCAAAGAUCAGACAAUAUGGACGUAGUGAAAGCAAUGACUUCCAUGUUGCAUGUGCUGUUGGCCAAAAGAACUUAGGCCAUUCUUAUGCUUCUCAGGUGAGCAGAUAUAAUAUUAUGAGCAUUUUGUACACUUCCCAAUUUGUGAGAUCCAUUGAAUAUUACACAUUAUCCACUGUGUCCAGUGUUAUAAUAUCAGUACCUAUUGCAUAUCAUAA